GGGGUGCCCGGCCGUGCCGAGCGCCUCUUCCCGGCCGCGGCAGCCCCGACGGGAUGCCGGAGAGCCUCAGGCCAGGGUGCGCAGUGGAUCCCGGGGAGAGCAGCUCGGAACGGCGAGUUUGGUGUUUCCUUUCCUUUCCACGCUCACCUUCUUUUCCCUCGGUGACCCGCGCUUGAACCUGCAUCGGGAGGCUGAGACGGACUGCUGCCGGCGGCUCCUUCCUCCACGGCCGGCAGAAAUACAAGCCGUGCCUUUCGAGGUGAACCAGGGGACAGCGCAGGCUCCUCCGCCGAUGCCUCGGCGGCUCUGCUCAGGGGGUCUCCGGGCUGCCCCAGCACGGGGGACCGUCCGCUCCGGCCGCCCCACGGUCCCGGCCCGGUGUCUCCCAGGUCCGGCCGCUACAUCGCCGUUCUCAUCCGGCAACGUGGCGGGCGGACGAAGGAGCUCCGCAGAGCGCAUCGGCGACGGGCGGCAGCGCCGCGGGAGGCGGAAAUUCUUGCAGAUGAAACGCAGGAAAUACGGCUUCAUCUACAAGACUCACCUCUUUGGGCGGCCCACGGUACGGGUGAUGGGCGCCGAGAACGUGCGGCACAUCCUUCUGGGCGAGCACCGGCUCGUCUCCGUGCAGUGGCCCGCCUCGGUGCGGACCAUCCUGGGCUCGGGCUGCCUCUCCAACCUCCACAACGGGCAGCACAAGCACCGCAAAAAGGUGAUCAUGCGGGCCUUCUCCCGGGACGCCCUGCAGCACUACGUGCCCGUGAUCCAGGAGGAGGUGAGCGCCUGCCUGGCGCGGUGGCUGGGCGCCGCCGGGCCCUGCCUGCUCGUGUACCCCGAGGUGAAGCGCCUCAUGUUUCGCAUUGCUAUGAGAAUCCUACUGGGCUUCCAGCCCCGCCAGGCCAGCCCCGACGGCGAGCAGCAGCUGGUCGAGGCCUUCGAGGAGAUGAUCCGCAAUCUCUUCUCCCUGCCCAUCGAUGUGCCCUUCAGUGGGCUCUACCGGGGCUUGCGGGCACGCAACAUCAUCCAUGCCAAGAUCGAGGAGAACAUCCGUGCCAAGAUGGCCCGCAAGGAGCCUGAGGGGGGCUACAAGGAUGCCCUGCAGCUGCUGAUGGAACACACACAGGGUAACGGCGAGCAGCUCAACAUGCAGGAACUGAAGGAAUCUGCCACAGAGCUGCUGUUCGGGGGCCAUGAAACCACUGCUAGUGCUGCCACGUCGCUGAUCGCCUUCCUAGGGCUCCACCAUGAAGUCCUGCAGAAAGUGAGGAAAGAGCUGCAGGUCAAGGGGUUACUGUGCAGUUCCAACCAAGAGAAGCAGCUGGACAUGGAGGUUUUGGAGCAGCUGAAGUACACAGGCUGUGUCAUCAAAGAGACCCUCAGGCUGAGCCCCCCUGUUCCCGGAGGAUUUCGGAUUGCACUCAAGACCCUUGAGCUAAAUGGUUACCAAAUCCCUAAAGGUUGGAAUGUUAUUUACAGUAUCUGUGAUACACAUGAUGUGGCAGACCUCUUUACCAACAAGGAAGAAUUUAACCCAGAUCGCUUCAUGUCUCCAUCUCCAGAGGAUUCCUCUAGGUUCAGUUUCAUUCCUUUUGGUGGGGGCUUGAGGAGCUGCGUGGGCAAAGAGUUUGCAAAAGUCCUUCUAAAAAUAUUUACAGUGGAGUUGGCUCGGAGCUGUGACUGGCAGCUGCUGAAUGGACCUCCUACAAUGAAAACGGGCCCCAUAGUGUACCCUGUGGACAAUCUGCCUACCAAAUUCAUCGGUUUCAGCGGCCAAAUCUGAGAGCUCAACACUCCAAAUGGAUUCCUAUAUAGCAUUUAAUAUGUACAUAGUAACUUUUUAUAGUAACAAAGGCCUUUAAAUAUUUAAAACUUGUAAAUGUACAAUAGUUAUUUAUGUCUUCUAAGUAUUUCAAGAGGCUAUGAUAUUUUUUCCCCCAAGCACUACAAUUAUGGGUCUCUGAUUCAUGAUUAGAUAAUGUUAUUUCUAUAGAAAUAAAUUUUCCCCUAUUUAAAACUAUCAUUGAGAGCUGGCCAGCUAAGCAUUUGAAGACAUUUCAGGAUGGUGUAUGUAUAAGAAAUAUCCGAAAAGCAUUCAAAACAAUGGUAACUAGCUACUCAUCCAAAUUACCUGAAAUGGUUAUUGUUUGAGAAUGUUUUCAGUAUUAUUUGUGUCUAGAUUGUAUGUUUAAUGUGUGAAUUUUAAGUUUGAUAAUAAAGUUUAUUUUUGAUGA